AUGCCGACCGGAAAUUCGCGUCGCGGACCCAAAAGUGCCCGUUGUCCACGUCGUGCGACCGCCAAACCGAAGCGCGAUUCUGACGCGGUAAGGCGUCGAAAAAGUGUGAAAAUGCGACAAAUUUUUCAAGAAACAAUUUCCAGAGCUCGUCGUGCUCGUCUUCUCGUGUUCGUUUCAACUCUCGGUACGUUUUUAGGAAAAUGUUUCUGGAAAACAUUCUAGGGAAAUGUUUGCAGCCGCGGCCGUUCGUCUUCCACGAGUUCUUCGUCGGAAAUGUCGACGAGAAACUCGAAGAGAAGCGGAUCGGCUUCUCCCUCUUCCGCUUCUUCUGGCGGCGCCAUCUCGGUGAGCAACACUGGAUUCAGCUGAUUUUUCACUAUUCGUCACAAAUUUUAGCCCGCUCCAUCGAGUUUGCCGUCCGGGAAAUUAUUCUCCGCCGAAAUGAGGUAAGGGAAACGAAAGGGAACGCAGGCAGAUCUGAAUAUGCCUUUCGGCAAUGAAACAUCGACAAAAAUGGGGGUCUCUAAAAUUCAGCUAGGAAAUUUCAAAAUUUGAGCGUAGGGCCAAUUUUUGUAGGAAAACACCGUAAUUUCUGAAACGACAACGCUGCGCCGAGCAUGUGUGUGGCCUGUACUUUUGACCCACUCACAAUAAUUCGAUCGCCUCUCAUUGGGUAGAAGAUAGAUAUUGUUAUUCGAUUACACUCCCUAGCCCGGACGUAACUUAAAAUCAGGCUCAACUCGGUUCACCACCAGUUAUACCUAGUGUACAGAAAAACGGAGAUCCGCAGCGGGCCAGCAAUUGGAGAAUGGAUCGACUUUGUAUCCUUUGUUUGUUUGUAUGCGAAAAAGCUAGAAAUGAACGUGAUCUCUCCCCCGAAUCGCUCAUUUUUUGCAGCGUCGUCGCUCCGGACAUGAGCAUCAAGCACGGCGACUCGAAACAGACGUUCACUCUUGCCGACAAGGGCAAACUGGCGAUCAUCACGCGCAAGGACAAGGAGAUGGUCUACAUGCUGCGUUGCGUCGACGGCCGUCGCGUCUACAUCGAAAAGACGGCCGAGGGCGCGUGUCUGCUGCUCACAAACGCGCGCGGAACCGUAACCAAAGCGAUCGCCGCACAAUAUUGA